CUUCCUGUGCACGCAAGGUCCGUUCCGCAAAUCGUCCGCUGUUCUGGUUAAGAAGGCCAAAUAGCGACAUUUCGCUCUGAGACGUGAUGGCUGCCACAUUGCGUUUACUUUACUCCGUGUCAAGGCCAGGCACUUUUGCUGCCAGCCAGAAUCUUGUGAGGUCCUUCAGUGUGUCUGCACAAAGGGAAGGAUUCAAGUACGUGAACGCCCAGGAGAUCCAAGAUGACAUGAAGUCGAUCACAGACCGAGCCGCGCAGACGCUGCUGUGGACGGAGCUCUUCAGAGGUCUGGGCAUGACAAUGAGCUACUUGUUAAGAGAGCCCGCCACCAUCAAUUACCCGUUUGAGAAGGGACCGCUGUCGCCUCGCUUCAGAGGAGAACACGCACUCCGCAGGUAUCCUUCAGGAGAGGAGCGCUGCAUCGCCUGCAAGCUGUGUGAAGCGAUCUGCCCUGCACAGGCCAUCACCAUCGAAGCAGAGACUCGUGCUGACGGCAGCAGGAGGACGACUCGCUACGACAUCGACAUGACCAAAUGCAUCUACUGCGGCUUCUGUCAGGAAGCGUGUCCCGUGGACGCCAUCGUAGAGGGUCCUAACUUUGAGUUUUCCACUGAGACCCAUGAAGAGCUGCUUUACAACAAGGAGAAGCUCCUCAACAACGGAGACAAGUGGGAGGCUGAGAUAGCUGCCAACAUAAAAGCUGAUUACCUCUAUCGAUAGAUCCCGCCCCCCAAAACACACACACACACACACAGUGUACAGUUAGCACAUACCAGAAUAACCUCUCUGACACACACACACACAUACGUCCAACUGUACAUACUGUAAGAAGACAGACUCAGCUGUGGAGGAGAUUCACGGUUGGAUUUAGGUCUGCAGAUGCAUCUUUUAAUCAAACCAAACAUCAACACAUUUCCUCUGGUGUCAGUGUCAUCCCCUCUGGUGUGAUGAAUAUACUUUAAUAUGUUUUUUUCUGAUUUAUGCCAUGUAAUUGUUUGGAUUCCAUAUUUAUUGUAGAGCGAUGAAUACUACACUGGUUGUCUGUUUGAUGAUGAGUGUGCAACAGUUCAGCUGCCUCAGUUUGGUCCAGUCUGUGUUCAUCCACGCGGCCGAGUCCGCAAAGUCCCACCGGACGCAGACGCGCACAGACGGAGUCAUGCUGUGGCAGUUGCAGUGCUGCACAUCGACGGCAGAUUGCAGAUGCUCCACACCACUAUACAUGGAUUAUUUUUAUUAUCUUGGAUGUCGGUGCAGAGUUUUAUGGUCUUUGUGCAUUUUCCACCCUGACUCAAGAAAUAAAAUUCUGGGAGAAAUAAA